UCGACACAACUUUCCAUGAAAUUUCAGUUGCAAUUCCAAAUUUGACGCAGAAGGAUCACAAUAUGGCAGUGAAAGUUUUUUAUUUCAUGAUUGUGGUGGUUGUUUUGUCUGAAGUCAUUGCUGACUACAGCAAAGUUCAAAUAAAGCAGCUCUUCUCAAAGGUCAGAUCAUGCGUUUCUCCCGAUUCCGAUGUGAUUGAGCGAGUCAUGUACAAUCGGAAUGUGGUCAAAGACGAGGAAACCCUGCGUUACUUUGAGUGUGCCGGCGAAAAGAUGGGAUGGCUCAACGCCGAGCGUCAGUUUCAGCCGCAGUUGUUUAGGGAUUUCUUCGUGCAAAAUUUCGAUCGAGCUGCGAUCGGGAGCACUGUUAAUGCGUGUUCGGGCAGUCUCCCGGGGGAAUCGCUCGGGGAGCAGCUGUUCAACUUUCAUCAGUGCUUUUUCUCAAAGUUUGAAAUCAAGCGAAAUUAAAAAUAAUCGAUAAUAUUAAGAAGAAACCAAAUGAGAUUUAACAAAUAAAAUUGCAGCAAAUAGUCAUGGCAAAUGGU